AACCGGAUCAUUACACACACACACACACACACACACACACACACACACACACACACACACACACACACACACACACACACACACACACACACACACACACACACACACACGCACACACACACGCGCGCGAUUCAGGCUGGCUGGAUGCUGCUCCAGCACCAUGGAGCAAAAGGCGUCCGAGGAUGAAGGCACCAGCUCCAGGGGACAAGAGUCCUAUCAGCGGAGGAUGUGGAAGACUUUUCAGGAGAAAACCAAGCCGUGGCUCAGUCCCAAACUGGGCUCGCAGCGCCGCAGCGGCGGCGGAGCAGAAGGCGCCAAGAAGGAAUCGGGACUGUGGAUGUUUCGGAGGAAAAAGAAACACUUGGACCGAGUCUUCUCGUCCUCGCAGCCCAACCUGCGCUGCUCCUCCCCGCCGCCGCUGUCCCUGGGCGGCGGAGACAAGUGCGGAGGACGGACUGCGGCCGCCGGGAGUGGGACCACCUCGCGGCAGCACCUCGGUUCGGCGUCCGGGACCACCGGCAGCAAACCGGAGCUGACGGCUCACGGAAGCCCGAAGCUCCACGUCUCGCAGCUGAUUGCCUCCCAACACAAGAGCUCCUCUCUGGGCUCGGCGUGCUUCGAGAAGCUAGUGGUGGAUCCUGUCGUGGCCUUGGGGGGAGAGAAGCCGAGCGAUGGUGGCAUCACCACCGUGGAGUCUUGUAAUGCAGAGCCUCAGCCUCCGAGUCCAACCAUGUACCAGCUGGAUAUUGUCCUGAAGAAAGGCAACAACCUGGCCAUCAGAGAUCGCACAGGAACCAGUGAUCCAUAUGUCAAGUUCAAGAUCGCAGGUAAGGAGGUGUUCAGGAGUAAGACCAUCCAUAAGAACCUGAACCCAGUGUGGGAUGAGAGAGUAACGAUCCUGGUGGAAAGCCUGCGGGACCCUCUGUACGUCAAGGUUUUUGACUACGACUUUGGACUGCAGGAUGAUUUUAUGGGCUCAGCAUAUCUCCACUUGGAGUCACUGGAACAUCAGAGGAUGCUGGACGUCUCCCUGGACCUCAGUGACCCACAUUAUCCGGAACAUAACCUCGGCAGCCUGGAAAUAUCCGUCACUUUAUCGCCCCGAGAUGGAGACAUGAGAGACGCGACCAUGCUUUUGAGAAGGAGCUGGAAAAGAUCCAGUAAGUGUCAGAGUAUGCGCCUGUCAGACGUACACAGAAAAGCUCAGCUGUGGCGAGGUAUUGUCAGCAUCAGCCUAAUAGAAGGUCGCAGUCUUCAGCCCAUGGACGACAAUGGCCGCAGUGACCCUUAUGUCAAAUUUAAGAUGGGCCACCAAAAAUACAAAAGCAAGGUGAUUCCAAAAACACUGAAUCCUCAAUGGCGGGAGCAGUUUGACUUCCACAUGUAUGAGGAGAAGGGAGGCUACGUGGACAUUACCGUGUGGGACAAAGACGCUGGCAAGAAGGACGACUUCAUGGGAAGUGCUGUGAACAAGGCUAUUGGAAGUUUUGCAACUCUGAUAAAAGAAAUAGAGCAAAUACAAAUGACUCCCGUGGAAGAGGCUGCUUGCCAACAUGAAUUACUUUUCCCAUUCCUACGGUGCACCGUGGACCUGUCCCUUCUCAGCAAGGAACACACACACAAGCUGGAGUUGCCAAUGGAGGAAGGCGAAGGCGUGUUGGUGAUGUUGGUGACGCUCACCGCUUCUGCCGCCGUCUCCAUCUCAGACCUGUCAGUCAACGUGUUGGACAGCCCGCAGGAGAGACACCUGAUCAAGCAGAGAUACAGCCUGUGGAGGUCACUGCACAACCUGAAAGACGUCGGCGUGGUGCAGGUAAAAGUCAUCCGGGCCGAGGGACUGAUGGCAGCAGAUGUCACGGGUAAGAGUGACCCAUUCUGUGUGGUGGAGCUGAGUAAUGAUCGGCUGCAGACACACACUGUUUACAAAAACCUCAACCCUGAGUGGAACAAGGUCUUCACUUUUAACAUAAAGGACAUCCACUCAGUACUCGAGGUCACGGUUUACGACGAGGACCGAGACAGAAGCGCGGACUUCCUGGGGAAAGUGGCCAUUCCUUUACUAAAUAUCCAAAAUGGAGAACGCAAAGCCUACGCCUUGAAAAGCAAGGAGCUGACAGGGCCAACAAAAGGGGUCAUCUAUCUUGAAAUAGACGUAAUUUUUAAUGCUGUGAAGGCUGGUCUCAGAACGCUGAUUCCCAUCGAGCAGAAGUACAUAGAGGAGGAGCCCAAAGUGUCCAAACAGCUGCUGCUGCGCAACUUCAACAGAGUGAGGCGCUGCAUCAUGUUCCUCAUCAACGCCGGCUACUACAUCAACAGCUGCUUUGAGUGGGACUCGCCGCAGAGGAGCAUCUGUGCGUUUGUGCUCUUUGUGGUGGUCGUCUGGAACUUUGAGCUCUACAUGAUACCACUGGCUCUGCUGCUGCCCUUGGCCUGGAACUACAUCCUCAUCAUGUCGGGCAAGGACACCAGGCAAGAUGUGCAAGCAAUGGAGGACUUGUUGCAGGACGAGGAAGAUGAUUUUGACAAAGAUGACAAGGACCCUAAAGAGGAGGAGAACCGUGAUAAAAACCAUGUCCUGGAUGAUAUGUUGGCUUCCUGGCACUUUGAGUGGAUACGGGCGCUGGUGGACUCUGAGAGAAAGGGCUUCAUGAACAAGCUUUAUGCCAUUCAGGACGUGUGUAUCAGUGUGCAGAAUGCGCUGGAUGAAGUGGCCUCCUAUGGCGAGAGGAUAAAGAACACUUUUAACUGGACUGUGCCUUUUUUAAGCUGGCUUGCCAUCGUCACUCUGGGAGUGGCAACCAUCGUGGUGUACUUCAUCCCUCUCAGAUAUAUAGUGCUAGCCUGGGGAGUGAAUAAAUUCACCAAGAAGCUACGAGACCCUUACACCAUUGAUAACAAUGAGAUCCUGGAUUUUUUGUCCAGAGUGCCAUCUGAUGUCCAAGUAGUGCAGUACCGAGAGCUGAAACAGGAUCCCAAUCCCAGUCCAAAUAAAAGGAAGAAAAACAACCCCGGGUAGAUGUCCACCCACCAAUUCCUCUCUUGUCCACUUCCUUUCUGCUGCUCCAUUACUGGACUCCGAGGAGCAGAGUCGGAACCUUGUAGAAGUUAACCGACGUGGCCCAAUGAUUCGCAUUUUGGUUUAGGUUCCUUUCAAAAGAUGACAAAAAACAAAACAAAACAAAAAAAACUACAAAAAGGAUGAAUGGAUUGUUAUGGUGGGAAUUUACUGGCAAAACUCCACAAAAAUUGUUUUAUUUACACCCCACGGUGCACAAGUUAAACAUUUUUCUUCAAUAGAAAAAACUAUUCGCAAGUAAAAAAGAACAAUUCUCAAAGAAAAAAAAAAUAUUUUUCCAAAAUUAAAAAAAGGAUUGGCAAGUUAAAAAAACAAAACAUUUUGUUCAAAAAAUAAUUUUGUAUUAAAAAACGGAUUCACUUAACAAAAAAAAACUUUCUGUAAAUAAGAAAAAAAAAAAGUUUUGCAAGUAUAAAAACAAUUUUCUUCAGGUUAUAAACUUUUGGUGGCAAUAUUCCACCCUGCGCGAUCCACACACUUGCACUCAAAGACCCCGUAAUUCGCACUUGACAAAGACAGGUGGUGCUGCUGAUUCAAUUUAAGGCCAUCAGAACUUUGUCUGCGCAUGGUUCUGUCCGCCAAAAUAACGAAGAAGAGUGGGGCGAAACUUGCAGGUUGACUCACAGGUUGAGCUUGUUUUUCCUCUCUUCCGUCCGCCAUUUUAUUCCCCACACUGCUUAUUCUUCUGUUAUUUUUGGCGGACGGCACCAUGGGCAAAUACCAAUCGCUCGGACGGCCUUAAAUUGACUCAGCAGCACCAAAAGUUUUAACUUGAACAAAAUUGUUUUUAUACUUGAAAAUGUAUUUUUCAAUAAAUUGUUUUUAUACUUGCAAAUGUAUUUUUCCAUGUUGUCUGUCUAUCUGUGUUUGCCCUGUGAUGAGGUGGCGACUUGUCCAGGGUGUACCCCGCCUUCCGCCCGAUUGUAGCUGAGAUAGGCGCCAGCGCCCCCCGCGACCCCACAAGGGAAUAAGCGGUAGAAAA